AGGAACCAAAGGCAAGGACAUCAACACGAUCAAGUCUCUGCGAGUUCUGCGGGUCCUAAGACCGCUGAAGACCAUUAAACGGCUGCCAAAACUAAAGGCUGUCUUUGACUGCGUGGUGAACUCCCUGAAGAACGUCCUCAACAUCCUCAUAGUCUACAUGCUCUUCAUGUUCAUUUUUGCCGUCAUUGCUGUGCAGCUCUUCAAAGGCAGGUUCUUCUACUGCACCGAUGAGUCGAAGGAGCUGCAGAAGGACUGCAGGGGUCAGUACCUCGAUUAUGAAAAAGAUGAGGUGGAAGCACAGCCCAGGGAAUGGAAAAAAUAUGAGUUCCACUACGACAACGUGCUCUGGGCUCUGCUCACGCUCUUCACCGUCUCCACGGGCGAAGGGUGGCCAACUGUGCUGAAGCACUCGGUGGAUGCUACCUACGAGGAACAGGGUCCCAGCCCUGGCUACCGAAUGGAAAUGUCUAUCUUUUACGUGGUGUAUUUUGUUGUUUUCCCUUUUUUCUUUGUGAACAUCUUUGUGGCGUUAAUCAUCAUCACCUUCCAAGAGCAAGGAGAUAAAGUGAUGUCAGAGUGCAGCCUCGAGAAAAACGAGAGGGCUUGCAUAGACUUCGCCAUAAGUGCCAAGCCACUGACCCGCUACAUGCCUCAGAACAAGCAAACCUUUCAGUACAAGAUGUGGAAAUUUGUGGUGUCCCCUCCUUUUGAGUAUUUUAUCAUGGUCAUGAUUGCACUCAAUACCAUUGUCCUAAUGAUGAAGUUCUAUGAUGCUCCAGAAGCAUAUGAAGAAAUGUUGAAAUGCCUGAAUAUUGUGUUUACAUCCAUGUUUUCAAUGGAAUGUGUGCUGAAGAUCAUUGCCUUUGGUGUGCUGAAUUAUUUCCGAGAUGCCUGGAAUGUCUUUGAUUUUGUAACAGUGUUGGGAAGUAUUACUGAUAUUUUAGUAACAGAGAUUGCGGACACGGACAACUUCAUCAACCUCAGCUUCCUGCGGCUCUUCAGGGCAGCGAGACUCAUCAAGCUCCUCCGCCAGGGUUACACAAUCCGCAUCUUGCUCUGGACGUUUGUGCAGUCUUUUAAGGCCUUGCCUUACGUGUGUCUCCUCAUUGCAAUGCUUUUCUUCAUCUACGCCAUUAUCGGCAUGCAGGUGUUUGGAAACAUUGCUCUAGAUGAUGAAACCUCCAUUAAUCGGCACAAUAACUUCCGUACCUUCCUCCAAGCCCUGAUGCUUCUGUUCAGAAGCGCCACGGGGGAAGCCUGGCAUGAGAUCAUGCUGUCGUGCCUGAGCAACAGAGCCUGCGACCCGCUCUCCGGCCUCACCAAAAAAGAAUGUGGCAGCGAUUUUGCCUAUUUCUACUUCGUGUCAUUCAUCUUCCUGUGUUCCUUCCUGAUGUUGAACCUGUUUGUGGCUGUGAUUAUGGACAAUUUUGAAUACCUGACAAGAGACUCCUCCAUCCUUGGGCCCCAUCAUUUGGAUGAGUUUGUCCGUGUCUGGGCUGAAUAUGACCCGGCUGCCUGUUGCCGGAUUCAUUAUAAGGAUAUGUACAAUUUGUUACGUGUAAUUGCUCCACCCCUGGGCUUAGGAAAGAAGUGCCCUCAUAGGGUGGCAUACAAGCGCCUGGUGCGGAUGAACAUGCCCAUCUCACCCGACGAUUUAACCGUCCACUUCACGUCCACACUGAUGGCCCUGAUCCGCACUGCCCUGGAAAUCAAGCUGGCCUCAGGGGGGGUGAAACAGCACCAGUGCGAUGCUGAGCUGAGGAAGGAGAUCUCACUGGUUUGGCCCAAUCUGUCCCAGAAGACUCUGGAUCUGCUGGUGCCCCCUCACAAACCCGAUGAGAUGACGGUGGGGAAGGUCUACGCAGCGCUGAUGAUAUUUGACUUCUACAAGCAGAACAAGAACAGCAGGGAACAAGUCCACCAGCCGCCCGGGGGCCUGUGCCAGCCUGGACCAGUGUCCCUCUUCCACCCGCUGAAGGCCACUCUGGAGCAAACCCAGCCCACGACGUUCAGCAACGCAAAGGCAUUCCUUCGCCAGAAAAGCUCGGCCUCGCUCAACAACGGGGGCGCGUUGCCAGCCCCAGAGGGUGGGAUCAAAGAGUCCAGUUCCUGGGGGACCCAACGCACCCAGGACGUGUUUUAUGAAACCAGGGCACCAGCUUUUGAACGAGGCCACUCUGAAGAAAUCCCCAUCGAACGGGUGGUAGAAAUGAGGGAGAUCAGCCCCACACUUGUCAACGGAGAGCACCAACCAGGUCUGGAGAGCCAGGGGCGGGCGGCUUCCAUGCCACGCCUGGCUGCUGAGACUCAGAGGAGCAAAGCACGGUCACCUGGGAGUUACCUAGCACCCAUCCCGGACACGAGCCCCAUGAAGCGUUCCGUCUCCACGCUGGCCCCCCAGCGCCCUCACGCCAUGCACCUCUACGAGUACUCCUUGGAGCGCAUGCCGCCGGAGCAAGGGCACCACCACCACCACCACCGCUGCCACCGGCGGAAAGAGAAGAAGCAGAAGUCCUUGGACAGGACCGCCCAUCAGCUGGCCGAUGGAGAAGCUGUGGCCCAGUCUGGUGAGUCGUCUUCCAAGGACAAGAAGCAGGAACGCGGCCGGUCCCAAGAGAGGAAGCAGCACUCUUCCUCCUCCUCUGAAAAGCAGCGCUUCUACUCUUGCGACCGCUAUGGCAGCCGCGACCGUUCUCAGCCCAAGUCUACCGACCAGAGCAGACCCACCUCACCCAACGGAGGCCCAGAGCAAGGUCCACACAGACAGGGCAGUGGUUCAGUUAAUGGGAGCCCCUUGCUGUCGACAUCUGGUGCUAUUUGCCGGGGUCGGAGGCAGCUCCCACAGACUCCACUGACCCCCCGUCCCAGCAUCACUUACAAGACCGCUAACUCCUCGCCCGUGCACUUCACCAGUUUCCAAACCGGCUUGCCCACUUUCUCGCCGGGACGCCUGAGCCGCGGGCUGUCGGAG